GGGGGUUGGGCUGGAUGACCUUCAGGGAUCCCUGCGAUUCUCUCCUCGCGCAGCCUAAGCAGCCCGUCUGCGCUCCAGAGCCGAAGCCGGGCAGCCUCUCCCUGGCAACUGAUGACGACGGAGCGCAUCGAAGCCCCAUUGGCUGCCUGGGGGAGGCAUCCUCCCUCCCCGAAGCUGCUGCGACUUAGGGGAACUCAGCUGUGGGGCUCGGAGAUUUGCUGUGGGGCAGCGAGGACGAUGGGUCCCGGGAGGUGCAACUGGGGUCUGGCGGCCCUGGCCUGGCUCUGGGGGGCAGCGGCGGCUGCAGCGGCCGAAGUGCGAGAGGAUCCCGCCCACCUCUUUUCUGAGGUCUACCUGUGCCAGCAAGAUUCCCUGUUCCCUGAGAUGGUCCAAACACUGGACAAUGAGGAGCUCUUCUGGUUCAACUCCUCGGAGUCCGCCUGGCACCCCCGCCUCCCUGAUUUCCAGCCGGGGGUGCGGGACCGGACCCCCGAAAGUCACAUCCGGGUGCUGAACCAGCUCUGCAACGACGUGCUGAGCAACUUUUCGUACUAUUUCGCAAUUAUGCCGGAAGCGAAAGGUAUUGCUCAGGUGAAGGUCUUCCCCCUGCAGCCGCUGCAGUUGGGUCAGCCCAACACGCUCGUCUGUUCAGUGACCAACCUCUUCCCUCCGGUGGCCGAGGUCACUUGGACGUACCAAGGUCAGCCCGUGACCCAGGGGGUCUCCACCCCUCCGGCAAUCCCUGUGGAGGACCUGGAGUUUGAGCUCUUCUCCUAUUUGGAGGUGACCCCCCAGGAAGGAGACAUCUACAGCUGCAACGUCAAGAGUCCCCGCGACACCUUCAGCAUCCAGACGUUCUGGGUCCCCCAAAAUCCCGUCCCCUCGGAGCUCCUGGAGAACAUCCUGUGUGGCCUGGCGUUUGGGGUUGGCGUCCUCUUUGCCAUCGCGGGGGUGGUCCUGGUGGCAGUAUCCUGCAAGCGCGACAGCACAGAAUGAAAUCCCCAGAGUCGACCUGAAGGAGGGAUUUGGAGGAGAAGGAGCGUCACCUUUAAAGUCACCCCUCACCCCCCCCCCACGGGAACUGCCCCCUCAGUGCCAGAAUCUGUGUCUGUAUGUGUGUGCCCAUUUGCAUUCAGUGAUCGGCGAACAUCUCUCUGCCCUGCUUUGGUCCCGUGUCUCCGUUGCCACUGGUUCCCGGCAGGGGUGGGAGAGAGUCCAGUCUGUGAACCCGGAGAGAAACAGCUGCCAGUCAGUGUGGGCAGUCCUGGGUGAGGCAGGUCAGUGAUGCAAGUGAGCUUCUUCUGCUCCCGUUAAAGUUAUUGCUGCUAGAGGAGCAGUGGGGUAAAUGAGGGGGUGGAAGGAGCAGAGGAGAAGAGCCCAGCCAGGUUUGGAUGAAGCGGGGCUGGCUCAGAUCCCACUUCUGACACCGCUGUCACCACCAGCCCCACUUCUGACACCGCUGUCGCACCAACCCCACUUCUGACACCGCUGUCGCACCAACCCCACUUCUGACACCGCUGUCGCACCAACCCCACUUCUGACACCGCUGUCGCACCAACCCCACUUCUGACACCGCUGUCGCACCAACCCCACUUCUGACACCGCUGUCGCACCAACCCCACUUCUGACACCACUGUCGCACCAACCCCACUUCUGACACCACUGUCGCACCAACCCCACUUCUGGCACUGCUAUCACCACCAACCCCACUUCUGACACUGCUGUCGCCACCAACCCCACUUCUGACACUGCUAUCACCACCAACCCCACUGCUAGCACUGGCAUUGUUGCUGCAGAUUUGUCAUGGCCUUCGGCUAGAACAAGAAACUUAGGUAGACUGAACAUUGCUAGAACCACAACCAUCACUCACCCCACUGCUCACAUCGCUAGCACCACCACUCCUGCUCCUCCCACCUAUGGGUCUUUCUCACCACGACAGGGACACAGCUUGGCCCCAGAUCUAUUUUCUGGGCAGGCCCAUCAGCACCCAGCUUUUCCGGCGCUCCCAGGGAAAUGAGAGACCUUCCUGGUCUGCCAGUGGCCCUUUAACAGGAUCUUCUCGUGCAGGUACAGAGACCAUCACCUGCUAAUUGCUGCGGCAGGAGAGGACUGUACCACGCGAUUCUUCACAAUGGGCAGCUGGGCCCUGUGUUCGUGGCAGGGCUGAGCCCAGGCACUUGUGAACUGAUGGUGCCUCUGAGCAUGUUAAGAGUGCUGUCCAUUACAGCAAGGAAGUGCAGUUUGCCCCUUUUCAGCUUGCAGAAGGCAGCUGCAGUAUUUCUGGGCAGAAGUAAUCCCCAGAACCCCUCUCCCUUUUCUACGUUUUAGCAUCAUAGACUCAUGGAAGGGACACCAGGGUCAUCUAGACCAACCCCCUGCUAUGCAAGAAUGUUUGGCCCAAUGUCGGUUUCGAACCCAUGACACUGAGAUUAGCAGCAACAAUAAUAAUUUUUUAUUUAUACCCUGCCCUUACCGGUUCAGAAAACUGGGCUCAGGGCAGCUAGCAACAAAUUUUAAAUACUUAAU